CAAAAGAAGUUAAAAGAGAUGAAAAGCAAAAAGUCUCUUCCUUUCAAUGCGUCGCUGUUCAGUCAACGUCGCUAUCGAUCUCUGCCGAAUCUUAGUGAGUUAGUUGAGGCGAGUAAUCUAGAUACAACUGACAAUCUGGAAUCUAAUCUGGAAAACGAUGUGCCUCUUAUCGUUGAUGACACUAACAAGGACCAAUUUAAAAUGAAACAGCAACAAGUCAAGAAAGAUGGCAGAAGUAAAAUUUUCGUGGAUCCUACCGAAUGUGUUUUGUUCCCUGUUUGUCCCUCUCAAGCAUCACUGUCUACAUUCAGGCGUUUAACGCAUUCUCGUUCGACCGUGGAUAAUCGAAGUCUAACGCCACCCCCGCAUACAACGCGAAGAAAAAAGCAAUUGUUGGAUAGAGAACGACGCGACAGGAAUGCUAAACUUUCCACAAAGAAAGCCAAACUAAAUAAACUAAAUAAAGAUCAGGGAAAUAAAGACGAGUUGGAAGAUACGCUUUCGUCCACAUCGUCGUUGUCGAGUGGCACAAGUAAUCCAUCAGCAGAGAACGAUGGCUAUAUUAUGUUCGGUCCAAAAGGUGAAUUUGGAAGACAACAGUCACAGCAGUCACAAGCCAAUAUCCAGUCACCGAAGAUGCACGACUUAGACAAUAUCGCAGAUGGAGCAGUGUCGGAUUCUGAAGUGGAUCGUCACAGGAACGCACCUCAACCGCACGGAAGUGAUGUGACUGAAUGGAAAUGGGGUGAAAUUCCGAAAACGCGAGACGACGAGAAGGCCGAAAAGGAGUUGAGAGCAUCGGCCGCUCAGAAAGCUACUGAAAAGACCAAAAAGGAGGAAACAUCAUGGAGCGAUUGGUUCCGCUGGUCGAAGCCGAAGCUGACUGAAGAUCAAGGAAUCUAUUUGGAUGAUCUGGUGGAAAAUUCUUUGCACGAUCCGAGUAAAAUUGAAAAAUAUCUCGGCAAAUCCUCAUCAGCUUGGUGUGUUUCACAAUUUGUUGUUGUUGUUUCAUUCAUUCUGCUUGUUCUUGUAAGAUAUUUGAUAGGUAAUUUUUUGUAUCCGUCGCCUCCGUAUGACAGUGGGAAUGCAUCGAGCACUGCAAGUUGCGCACCAAAUUCACCUCAGUCGUUGAGUGUCGAUACCGACGAACCAGCAACUGCAAGAGAGCCAUCAAAAGAGGCGUCAACUGCUCGAGAAGAUAAAACACCAACUGAAGAGCAUCCUCCUGAGAAUGUUCAUCCAUCUAAAGAUUUAACCGAUAUUGUGGGACAACAUCAGCCCCGUCCCGUAUCGUCCUCUGAGAAUCGACAAGAAGAAACAAUGAAAAAAUUGGACAAUGGGCGUAAAAGGCGACAGAGUGGACGGAGCACUUCACCAUCUAGUGAUAUUUUGCAUUUUUGUAGUGCGAUGAGUGAUGAAGAGACAAAUAUACCUGGUACAUCGUCGCCUCCGCACACCGAAGACGUCACCCAACAACAGAGCCCAACGUAUAUCCGCUCGUUGAGGCUUCCGUCUGAGAAACUGAAAAAACUACCACUGAAGAAGGGUGCGAAUGAGGCACGAUUUUCCAUCACUACAAAAUUUCAGGGAACAUGUUGGUGCAGUUGUCAUAUAUAUUUAUAUCGAUGGUCUGAGCAGUUGGUGAUAUCGGAUAUAGACGGAACGAUAACGAAGAGUGAUGUGCUUGGUCAUGUGAUACCAGCGAUUGGUGGUCAGUGGGCUCAUGCAGGUGUUGCUGAACUCUACACAAGGAUUGCACACAACGGUUAUAAAAUGGUGUAUUUGUCUUCACGUGCAAUUGGUCAGAGUUAUUAUACAAAGAAAUAUCUGCAAAGUAUUGCCCAAGAUACACGAGUUUUGCCUGACGGUCCUCUACUUUUAUCGCCCACAUCAGUAUUGAUGGCUUUUCGAAGGGAGGUAAUCGACAGAUGCCCAGAAGAUUUCAAAAUCGCUGCGUUGAGUGAUUUGAAGGAGUGUUUCCCUGUUGAACAACCGUUCUACGCGGGUUUCGGCAAUCGACCCAAUGAUGUGAUAGCGUAUCGCCAUGUUGGUGUCCGACCGGAUCGUAUUCUCAUCAUCAACAAAGAGGGUCGUGUUCGUCGUGAGGAUGGAAUCGGCUUCGAAACGUCGUACAUGUCAAUGGCACUGGAUAUUGUUGAUUAUAUGUUCCCUCCGCUAGUCACACAACCGAAACAUCUUAAUUUAGCCGUCGAAGCGGAUAACGUGGGAAGGAAGAUCUAUCGACUCAAACAGUCUUUUCCGGAGGCUCUCAAAUUCAGGCAAUAA